CGACAACAUGGCAGCCUUUUAUAGGCGGGGGAUGCGAAUUGACGUUUGUGUGGAAGUCCCGUGAAAUUUCGCUCUAUUUUCACGUUUUGCGUGUGAUUUUGUGGCUAAAUUGUGUGCUUUCGUGAAGCGUCACACUUUUCUUCACGUGUGCAAGUAAAAGACUGUGUGCAGGUGGACGCUGAGGGGUGGAAAAGAGACUAGAAGUGGGCACGCAGGUGUAGUUCGGCACAAUGGCCGGUAGAGGUGGCUAUGAUAAUCAGAGGGGCUACGGGGAUCGCAAGAAACCCCUGCCCACGGAGCCACCGUAUCUCGCCUUUGUGGGCAACCUGCCGCAGGGACUCGUGCAGGGCGACGUGACGAAGAUCUUCCAGAACUUCGACGUGAAGAAUGUGCGGCUGGUGAAGGACAAGGAGACGGACCACUUCAAGGGCUUCUGCUAUGUGGAGUUCGAGACGCUGGACAAUCUCGAGCGGGCGCUAGAGCUGGACGGGCGCAUUCAGCUGGAGGACUCCACGCAGUUGCUGCGGAUCGAUGUCGCCGAGCAGAAGAAGUUCGACCGCGGCGGCUUCAAGGGUCGCGGUCCGCCGCGCCAGAGCGGCGGGGGCGGGGGCGGAGGCGGCGGUGGUGGCGGAGGAGGAUUCAAGAGCGGCAGCCGAGAUGGCGGGCGCGGAUUCAAUGACGGAGGCUUUGGCGGCCGCAAUGACUUCGAUCGUCGCGGCGGCGGAGGUGGCGGCGGCGGCCCGGGUGGCCGCCAAUUUAGCGACUCCGUUGCAGAUCGCGGGCCGAAUCGCGGGCGGUACGGCAACUUCUCUGAGGAAGGCGGCCGCGACGACUGGAAUCGCGAGGGUGGACGCGGUUAUGGCGAGCGCGGGCGCGACGGGGGCUUCGGUGGCGGCGGCGGCGGCGGCGGCGGCGGCGGCGGAGGCCGAGAUGACCGGUAUGGAAACUACAGGCGCGGUCACGGCGGCGGCGGUGGCGGCGGAUCCAGUGGCCAUGACCGCGAGUUCGAGAAGCGGCACGAAGACUUGAAACCCAUGCCAAUCAAUGACGAUGGCAGGCCGCGGCUCAAGCUGAAUCCGCGCACGGUGAAGGAGCCGAUAAACUCCUUGGCAGAGACGAAACAGGCGGCAUCAAUUUUCGGGAGUGCGCGUCCACGUGAGGAGAAGAUGGAGAAGCAGGACGACUAGGUCGACGGUGCAGAGAUGCAAGCGGUCUCUCCGGCUGAGGUGACCGCAGUAAUAAGAGAUAAAUUAAUGGUAGAUGAGCGUGAGAUUUAAUCCCCCAAAUGAUAUGAGAAAGCGAUUCUUUUUGCGAUGCGCAGCCACGAUAAAUUUCCACACAAGUUAUUCAGUGAGAGCCGAAGAGGUUUGAAUGGUAAUAAAUAUCAGCAUAAUCACAUGAAACUUCAACAGAAACUGCUACACAGAGAUAAAUGAGAAUUUGUAAAUGCGAUAAAAGGGAGAGAGAGUGAGAGAAAAGGAUGCGAUUUUGCGAGCUCCACACAGAAUAAUUCAAAGUUUUCUUGCAAAGUGUUUUAGAGGUGAAGAAAAAGAGAUAGAGAAAAGAAAGCAAGUGCGAAUUCAAUGCGCGAUUCAACAUUUUCAAUGCGAGUGUGAAGAUUAAAAUAUCAAGAGGAGAAUCUAACAUAGCUGAAAAGCACGUAGAAAAUCACAGAGUGAGAAAAGUUAGGGGAAAAUUUGAUGAAAAUAUUGAGAGUUUAAUAUAAUUAAAGAGAUAUUUGUAAUAUUUAGUAAGUCCAACACAAGCGAGGUGAAAAGUAAAGAAUAGUUUUUGUAGUUUGUUGCUGUUUCUGCUCUUAAGUUUAUAUACAAUUCUUUUUUUUUUUCCUAUUCGUACUUGAUAAAUUUGUCUCGACUAAGAAUUAUACAAAUAAGAGUAAAGAGAGAAAGAAAACUUAACAAAGAGGAAAUAAUUGUAUUCAAGCCUAUUUUUUCUGUUUAUUUGUAAAGAAGAAAAGCAAGAAGACAUUUGUAAGGACAAUUAUUUAAAGAGAUUUGCUUUUACAAGAGUUUAAAAAAAAGAAGUAGUCUGACUAUAAAAAGAAAUAUU